CGAUACUUGACUCUUCCCAUCAAAGUGGCCAUUCUCAUCAUGGUUGCGCCAUUCGCAACUCCCAAUGUUGCAACGGCCGAUGCGGAUGCCGAGGGUCCCAUUCUCGCCUUGGCUCAGCGUGUGACCGUCCGGUCUUCCGCGAACGACAUUAGCGCCGCUCGUUCGAAACUUACUCAGGCGAUAUCGGCCAACGAGUCCUACUUGCACGAUAUCACACAUAGUCACACCUCGGUGAUGGCCAAUCACCUGGAUCAGAACGCCAAGCUCAAGCAACGCUCUGACGUCGCGCAACGAGCGGCCCAGGCACUGGCGGAUGACUUUGAUGUUGGCUCUCUAGACAGGGUCCACCGUCUAGAGAAAUUUCGUGUGACCACUUCCAACAUUCACACAUCACUCCAAGGGCAAGCGCUGGCUGGCGCGUCUAGGGAGAUCCUCGAGGACCUCAAGCAGCGAUACGACCUUCUUGUCCGCGUUGAGGAUGGCGUAUGGUGCGGAAGGGGAGCGGACCCAUCAACGGUAGCUGCUGUCGCUCAGUUCAACUGCGACGAGCAGCGAAGCACGGGUGCUGCUGUGCAAACAGCCUUGGCCGCGAGGUGCGCUGUGCUACGUGCAACCGUUACCGAGCAGCUUUCGAACGCGUGGAAUCUGGCUGUGACUGUCUCCAUUAGUGCGGAGGGUCUGCCAUCCGUCAUGGUAGCCUCAAGUUUUACGCUGUCAGCCCCCAAGGCUCCUCGUUCAACACCGUACGCAACAUCAGUUGUAAAAGCGCCACGCUACGAUUUUGUCAACCUCUGUAAGGCUCUCCAGACCCUCAAAGUACUUCCUGGCCUGCUACAUGACCUUCACAGUUGUGUCGUUCGCAAAGUCAUCGAACCAUUACUGAGUCACGAUAGCUGGCGGCCUUCCAAAUGCUCCAGGAACGACGGCAUUGGACUGGAGACUGUGUCCGUCUCGUCACAAAAUCGCCGAGAUUUGAUCCAAAACGUCAAGGUUGUGCUCGACUUUUUCCACCAGGCGCUGCCAGAUGAAUGCCGCGUUUUCAAUGUCAGGCUACAGGAGGCCGCCUUCAGCUUAGUCCUGGACCGUAUCCUAAUCCCAAGUCUGCCGACACCUCUGGCGAAUCUCCCGGAGUGGCUGGAAUUGGCCCUUCAAGCAGCAGAUUGGGAAGGCUCAUUCAGUGCCGACGAGGCCGACCCAGGGGUUAUUCACGCUUUUUUAAACGAUUCGGCUGGGGGCGUUUGGCUCCAAAAGCGGAAAGCAGUAUCCUUGAGUCAGGCACGACGGAUUGCCUACAGCACCUGGUCCUCUUGGGCGUCUAAGACUGUUCAGCCCGACGUCGUUCCGCCUAUGUCUGCUCAACCCAAGGCACAGGCCCUCGUUAAGACGGACGACGAAGACGGCUGGGGCUUUGAGGAGGAAUCUCAGCUCAGGUUAGGCAGUCACCGCGCAGCUAUCCAGGCCGAGGCUGCCGAGAACGACGGAUGGGACUUCGAUGAUAUCGCUGACGAACCCGCUCCCUCGCCGGCUCCCGCUCCUCCCAUGGUCCACCGCGAUGCCCCCAAACCCCGCGAAGCCAGACGUCUAGGCAAGAAGGCAGCUCCUAAGGGCACGCGGCUAAGCUCAGCCACCCCGUCUCCGCCGCCCCUCUCCUCCCCUUCGGCGAACGCCACAGUGGCAUCAUUUACACCCUCAGAUCGGAGGGUCUCCGAGCCAGAGGCUCCUGCACUCUCAGAGACGUUCAAAGUUUCUAUGGCCACUGACGCGGUCAUGGACCUAACCGCAACGGCGCUGAAAGAGCUUAUGGACAUAUCGAACAUUCGUGAGGCUCCUUUCUGCAUCACUUCGCCGCUGACCCAGACAUACGUCAACAUUGAGGUGUACCAUACUGUUCUGGGCAAACUUGUCGAGGCGACCGUUUCUUCAAUCCUCCUCAGCGUUCUGGCCCUUGAGGAUAUCACGGAGCUUGAGUCGCAGCGCAUCGGUGAUCUGCUAAGCUUGGUGGAGACUCUAUCCAAUCUCUUCCAGAACGAUCAAGCUCAUGUAUCCACCGUCGCGGCGUUCGUUCCCCAUUGGAUCAAAUUCGGAUACCUCAACGAGCUUCUGCACGCGAAGCUCAUCGAAAUUACCAACCUCUAUGAUAAUGGCUCGCUUGUAGACUUCACCUCCGACGAGCUAGGAGGGCUAGUACGUGCCCUUUUCGCGGAUAGCCCUCAGCGUACUAUUCUUCUUGAGAGGGUCGCGAUGUGAUUCCUUGUCCAGGGAG